GACAUCGAUCGCGGUUUCAAAGACUGGUGCGCCACAGCCGCCCGUCCUUGAGGCUCCCAGAUCAUGUGAUCGGGCCUGUCUCCGCCUGCCAUCACAGCCGCUUUAGGCCACCAAUAUUGUUCCUCGAAUUGUUCGGAUCGAUGCCGUGGUGGACUCGACUCCGGGGGGAUGUGCAAAGUGUUGAUCAAUUACUACUCUGCUUUUCUUAGCCAUACUUAUCGUCACAGAUAGGUUCCCCGUUUCCGCGACCGGACACCGACCGCAUACACCCGCACCCCCAAGCCAACAGUACCGAGCAAUGGUGCCUCGGAGACACCCUCGAUACCGCUCGGCUUGAUAUGACAUUUCAAUUCUCAACAUAGGAGCUUUCAUAGUGCUCCUCGUAUACAGUCAUCCUUCUCUGGAUUUCUUCCGACCUUCACCAUGCCUUCUUCAUCCGAAUACCUACAUUCGCAUGGCCGUGCCAGCAUCGCAGGCGACUCUGGUUCCGACGAUGACCUCGACCUGGAGGAGCUUGAUCCGAGCACCACACAUUUAUACGGAGCCGCUCGCCUCUCAAGGGAGGAGUCCAAUCGCCAAAGGAGUCGCGGUCCCGGCAUAGCUUUGCGGAAUCUACGCGUUGGUGUGGGAAACCGAGUAUGGAGACGAAACACUUCUGGAUCGCAUGGAAGAUCGGAGGACAUGGAUGGCCUACUGGAGGAUCGGGAGGAAGAUGGACUCCGCAGGUCGCAUGCGAGCUCCCGCAACUAUACUGACGACGAUGCCCCGCUGCUCAACGAGCGCAGGCGUAGCUCCGCUCGCUCAUUAGCAGAUCUCGAGCGGGCGUCGCAGAGGGGCUCGCGGUUCAGAAUCCCGGGGAUCAAAGCGGCGAGCUUCCUUUUUGGCUCCUCCAACCAUGCACCUUCUGAUCAGACAGAAACGAAACCACCGCGCGAUGUUCUCGUCGGCCAAACGCAACGAGCCAAAUACCCCGCGAAUAUUGUAUCGAACGCAAAGUACACCCCAUGGAGCUUCCUGCCCCGCACGCUCUAUAACGAAUUCUCCUUCUUCUUCAACAUCUACUUCCUUCUCGUCGCGCUUUCCCAGAUCAUCCCAGUGCUUCGAAUAGGCUACAUGUCAUCCUAUAUUGCGCCUUUGGCCUUCGUCGUCAGUAUAUCGCUGGGGAAGGAGGCUUUGGAUGAUAUUGGCCGUCGUCGCAGAGAUGCCGAGGCAAACGCCGAAGAAUUCACCGUUCUCAGUUUUGAUAGACCUAAUGGGGUCAUGGAAGUCGUCAAAAAGUCCCGGGAUUUAAAAGUUGGUGACGUUUUGAAGGUUCGCAAGAACCAGCGUCUGCCUGCGGACGUUGUGAUCCUAAAGAGCGUUUCCAAUGACUCUGUGGCUGCUCGUCAAAGCUCCUUGGCCGAAAGGCCAGCGGAAUUUACUUCUCAGGAACAAAACCUACUGUCGCCUACCGCGGAGCCUAGCUCGAGCGCUGCGGCAAGUCAGGCCAAUGUCUCUUCGGCCAGCGAUACAUUCAUUCGAACCGAUCAAUUGGAUGGUGAAACCGAUUGGAAGCUACGACUGCCCUCUGUAUUGUCGCAAGCUUUGCCCCUCGGUGACCUGACAAGGUUGAAGGUCACUGCAAGUGCGCCAGAUAGACGAGUCAAUGAGUUUGUGGGUACUGUUGAACUAGGGCAGCCGUCCGGGUUCUACGAUCCCCAUGUCGACAAAGGGGAGAAUAGAGGUGACUAUGAGACUACGGACACACAGGCCAACUCUGCUCCGUUGACGAUCGACAACACGGCAUGGGCCAACACUGUUCUUGCCUCUAAUACUAUCACAUACGCUACCAUUAUUUAUACGGGAUCUCAGACGCGGGCUGCCCUUUCAACGUCGGCAUCUCGCUCGAAAGUGGGCCUGCUGGAGUACGAAAUCAACAACCUGACCAAGAUCCUCUGCAUUCUAACACUGGCCCUGUCGAUUGUUUUGGUUGCUUUAGAGGGAUUCCAGCCGACCAACGACAAGGUGUGGUAUGUUGCGAUCAUGAUCUAUCUGAUUCUUUUCUCGACAAUCAUCCCCAUGAGCUUACGGGUUAACCUGGACAUGGCGAAAUCCGUGUACGGCCGGUUCAUUGAAAGAGACAAGGAUAUUCCAGGGACCGUUGUUAGGACCAGCACCAUCCCCGAAGACCUUGGUAGGAUUGAGUAUCUUUUGUCCGAUAAGACAGGGACCUUGACCCAAAACGAGAUGGAACUGAAAAAAAUCCACGUCGGGACUGUCUCAUAUGCCAACGACGCAAUGGAGGAGGUGGCGUCGUAUAUACGACAAAGCUUCGCCGGGGACUCUUUGACUACUCCUUCCACUGCAUUCGGAGCACAAGCGGGACUUGGAACGGCUCCACGUACAAGACGAGAGAUUGGCUCCAGGGUCAGAGACAUCGUUUUGGCACUUUCUCUUUGCCAUAAUGUCACCCCGACGAGUGACGAAGAAGAUGGUGUCAAAGUCACCAACUACCAGGCUUCAUCCCCGGAUGAAAUCGCAAUCGUGAAAUACACCGAAGAGGUCGGGCUAAAACUAGCUUAUCGCGAUCGACAGUCAAUUGUCCUCGAAUCUACGCAUACCGGAAAAGUCAUCGUUCGGGUCCGCAUUCUUGAGAUCUUCCCUUUCACGUCAGACAGCAAGAGGAUGGGAAUCAUCGUGCAAUUCGAGACGGAUGACGGACUAUUGGACACAUCCAACAAUGAUAGUGAGAUAUGGUUCUAUCAAAAGGGAGCAGACACCGUCAUGUCGACGAUUGUUGCGGCGAACGAUUGGCUCGACGAGGAGACCGCGAAUAUGGCUCGCGAGGGCUUGCGGACCCUGGUCAUUGGACGGCGGCGACUGUCUGCGCAGCAAUACGAGGAGUUCACCACCAAGUAUAGACAAGCCUCUCUUGCUCUUCAAGGACGCGAUGUUGGUAUGGCCAAAGUGAUUGGCGACUUUCUGGAGCGAGAUUUGGAGCUUCUCGGCGUGACCGGUGUGGAAGACCGCCUCCAACGGGAUGUCAAGCCCUCUCUCGAGCUUCUCCGCAACGCCGGAGUCAAGAUCUGGAUGUUGACGGGUGACAAGGUCGAGACAGCCCGUUGUGUGGCCAUUUCUGCCAAGCUGGUCGCCCGUGGACAGUAUAUCCACACCGUUGCCAAAGUCAAGGACAAGUCUACCGCUCAAGAAGCGUUGGACUUCCUACGCAACAAGACGGACUGCUGCCUGCUCAUCGAUGGCGAGUCGCUCUCACUCAUGCUUGGCCAGUUCCGGACGGCGUUCAUUUCUGUCGCCGUCCUGCUCCCUGCCGUCAUCGCCUGUCGAUGCUCUCCAACCCAAAAGGCCGAAGUGGCAGAUCUCAUCCGCCACCACACCAGAAAGCGCGUCUGCUGUAUCGGCGACGGCGGAAACGACGUCUCCAUGAUCCAAGCCGCAGAUGUCGGAAUUGGCAUUGUCGGCAAGGAGGGGCGUCAAGCUUCCCUGGCAGCCGACUUUAGCAUCACCCAAUUCCACCAUCUCACCAAACUGCUUGUCUGGCAUGGGCGCAAUUCCUAUAAACGAUCCGCCAAACUCGCCCAAUUCAUCAUGCACCGUGGACUCAUCAUCAGCGCCUGUCAGACCAUGUACAGCAUCGCCAGCCACUUUGACCCGAAGGGUCUCUUCAUCAACUGGCUGAUGGUCGGUUACGCCACCGUCUACACCAACGCCCCCGUCUUCUCACUCGUGUUCGACCGCGACGUCGACGAAGAACUCGCCAACCUCUACCCGGAACUUUACAAAGAGCUCAAAACCGGACGCAGCCUCAGCUACCGCUCGUUCUUCACCUGGGUUCUUGUAUCUGUCUACCAAGGCGCCGUCAUCCAGGGCCUCUCUCAGAUCCUCCUCGACACAAUUACCGGGCCGCGCCUCAUCAGCGUGUCCUUCACCGCUCUCGUCAUCAACGAGCUCCUCAUGGUGGCCAUCGCCAUCACGACAUGGCACCCGAUCAUGAUCUUCAGCAUCAUCGGCACCGCCCUUGUCUACGCAUCCAGCGUACCUUUCCUAGGCAGCUACUUCGACCUGCACUACGUGAUCACUAUAGACUGGCUGUGGCGAGUUGUCGCCGUCUGCGCCGUCUCCUUAAUUCCCGUCUGGGCUGGGAAAUUGAUCCUGCGGUCCUGGAGUCCGCCCAGCUACCGGAAAGUGCGUGGAUAAUUGCCUUCCUCUAUAUCCUCUAUCUGCCUCGCUUCAUUUCCUAGGUGAACGGUGUCUGGAGCUUAGCAUCCACUUCCAACUUUCAUCUCAUUUGCUUUUCAUUCAUCAACUCCUAUAUCUAGCGCUGCGCAACGGUGCGCUGUAUAUCAUUGACACUUGUCCUUCCUCCCUUUUUCCCUUGCUGCAUGUAUUCUCCAUCAUUGCUGGUAUAUAGACUUAGCGUGAAUCAUAUCCCUUUG